AUGGACAUGCUGAACUUGAUUAAAAAUUACACGGACAAAUGCCUAGAGCAUUUACCAAAACAAGUGUCAUCGGUGUUCAUAUAUACGGAACAGAAGACUCUAUUCGAUACGGUGUGCAAAAAAGACAGCAAACAGCGCCGGGAUCUGUUCAAAGCGAGCCCCUGUGCUAAUGCCGGCGCCAACGAGUUUGUCAAAUGCCAUCACAAUCUCAUUGACGCUAUGGUGGCGCUCAAGUCGGCCAAAGACGAUAGGCUUAAAAUACCAUACGUGUGCUGCGAAUACUGGAAAGUGCGGGCCUGUAUGGUUCAUUCGGGCAAACGAGUUGAACAGUGCGACAAUAAAAAGGUGGACACAAUACUCAAGUACAUCGACUCGUUGACGGACAACGUGCUAGAUCUAUUAUGUGGCGAUUACCAGGAGGGCACCGAUAAAUGUUAUCGCUUAGGUGACGCACCACGCCAGGCCCUAACCCGACUGACUCGAUCAAAAUCAUUUCUCUUCCCAGUUAUCGAGAUGCUCAAGGAUUUCCCCAAUAUUCAGGGUUAA